UAUAUAUAUAGUUGAGGUUUUGGAUCUAUAUACACGUAAUGUUAGCAAUGCCUGCAGAAAAGUUCUUAUAUUUUGCUUAUGGAAGCAACUUACUAAAACAACGACUUCAGCUUAAGAACCCAACUGCAGUUUAUAAAACAACAGCUAAGUUAAUGAAUUUUAGCUUAACAUUCUUUAUCACGAUAAAUCCGAAAACAUCAAGAUGGAAUGGUGCAGUUGCAACUAUAGCACCUGCCAAAGGAAGCUGUGUAUGGGGAACAGUUUGGGAACUUGGUGUUGAGGACAUACCUUCCCUAGACCGGCAAGAAGGUAUUUACAAAGCUUUAAAUGUUGAUGUGAUUUCCGAAGGCCAAAGUCUAACUUGUAGAACUUAUCUGUUGGAACCAACCGCUGUUCCUAGUGACUGGGACAUGAGACCAUCUCCACAAUACAUGGAUGUUAUAAUUAGAGGUGCUAUUCAGAGUAAUUUACCAGAGGAAUAUAUCAGUCAACUUAAAAACAUAGAACACAAUAAAUAUUCUGGGUCAGUGAAAGUUUAUGAUGAAGUGUUAAAACUACUGAAAACUAGUAACUAGCAAGGUGUUUUUGUUUAUGUUUCAGACAAUCGUUUUGGUCAGCAUUUUUAUAUUUAUGUCUUUUUUAAAUACCAUUAUUAUUCAGUUUUAUUGCAUAUUUCUAUAUUGACAUCACCAUGAUGUGUCCUGAUACAUAUAUUAAAAGAAUAUCAUCUCACA